CCACUUGUGAGAGCUUCUAACUUAUUUGUUGUUCAUAUCUGUCCUAACCUCGAUCUCAGAAUUGACACAGUCACUUGUGGAAUCAACAAUUAGAUAUUGUUAAUUUAUAGUUAAUGUUUACGUCGACUGCUAAAAGUAUUUAUUGGAAUUCUCCUCGACGAGCUUUUCUUUACAUCGCAAAUGGAGAAAAUGAAGAUUCAGCAACACCUGCAGAUGAGUUCCAAAGCCAAACGACGAGACGAAUAAACCAGAGAAUGAAUAACAAAAUCAACGAGUCAAAAACUUAAUUGAACUGUGGGAAACAAUAAACAAUGGAGUUCGUCUGCAUAAAAGACAUUCGGCCAGGCCAGAAGAACAUAAACGUUAUGUUUAUAGUGCUUGAGGUGGGCCACCCCACGAUAACAAAGGAAAAUCGUGAAGUGAGGACUUUUAAAGUGGCAGAUAGCACAGCCUGCAUGAAUGUCUCGAUAUGGGACGAGCCAGGACAGUUGCUAGUGCCCGGGGACAUCGUCAGGUUGACCAAAGGCUAUGCAUCAGUAUGGAGACAGUGCUUGACACUUUACUCGGGGAAGAAUGGCGACAUUCAGAAGAUUGGGGAGUUCUGCAUGGUCAUCAAUGAACAGAUGAACAUGAGUGAGCCCAACCCAGCACUGGCGCAACAGCUGGUCAAUCAGGGGGGUUCAGGACCACCUGGCAGCAGUAUUAACAGCAAUAUUGUUAACAAUGGGAAUGCCAAUAAUGUGUCUGGUGGAUCCAGACAGACUUUGGCGACAAACACGACGUCAUCCACAGCCUCGACUUCUUCAACAGCCUCCACUGGCAACUCAACAAAAGCAGGAAAUAAUUCCGGAAACACGACCGCAGGACUUCCGGGAGGCUCGGCGAGGUUCAGCGGCGAGGGGGGUACCUCGAAAACCACUGGAAAAACAAAUGUAAGGGGCAAAACGGGAUAUAGGAAUGGUGGCCGUAAUGAGCGCAGAUAAUACUUUCUGCCAAUUUCUUCAAACGACUCAACGACUCGUUUUCUAAAUGACGAAUUUACUGGAGUUAUCCACAAUCGGAGCCAAUCUAAGUGCUAUUGAUCAUUGUAAUUUUGUAAUGUUACCUAAGAGUUAGUUCGUAUGUAGCGAUUUAUUUGAUUGAAUCGUGAUUGUAAGAUUGUUUGGAAUAAUACUUGUACCAUAUUUGUA